GAACAAACCCAAUCGAAGCAACCUUUUCUGGGCUGUGACACUUGUCCAGCCAGGGGAGCCGGAAAAUUAGUCAGUACAACAUCACUAGCGGCAGGAGUAACACCUAUAGGAUUUCCAAAACAACAAGUUCAAAUUUGUUAGUCAACCAAAAUCGCGUAACAAUGGGUGCUUGUCGUCCUCGAAAAUGUAUUGUCGAUCAGAGAACCAUUGCAGUGCGUCGUCGCAGAACUCUAAUUCGCCUGAUAGCCCUGCACAGGCUUGUGCUAGAAACGGGAAUGCAAAUUAUGAAUCGGAGAACUCCCACUAGCAUUGAGAUACUUGGACCAGCCCGUAGGCUAAAUUCGCGUCGCAGAAGUCGCAGAAAUCGCAGAAUCGGAAGGAGAAUGCUUUUGGGCGACCGUAGACCGCGUGCUGCAUUUUCAAUGCCCUCGCUAGGACAUCCCGGGCAGAACCCAUUCAGCUCCAGAACUAAUCCACUCUGGGGACAGGCAAACAUCAUAACCACGCCGAGAUCGUUGGCAGCCUUGAAUGGACUUGCUUCAGGGAACCGCGAACCAAAUUCGUUGUCGGUAAUGGUGCGCUAUUUGGAUGGGCGUUUUCAUUUCACCUUGGCGUCAAGUGAAGAUACGCGCAAUGAGAAUCAUGGCGUUCAAAAUGGCCAGCACCAAGAGGCUCAAGGCGGCAAUGACCGGAAUCUUCAUCCGGCAGCUCAGGCUGCCGAUGAAAAUAACAAUGUGCAAAAUCAGAAUCCGCAGGCUCCAGAUGCCGAUGAUGCAAAUGGGCGGGUUGAAGUGCAGGAGGAUCAGGAUGCCCAGGCUCAGAAUCGAGAUCAAAACGAAGAAUAGCGAAUUACUUCCCUACUUUAUAUCAAUGCUUUAUGCACAGUCUAGAAUGGUCUUUCUAUUAUAGAUAUUAUUUCUACAUACGGAACACAUGCCUGUGUAUCUUAAGCCAAAUAAAUGUCAUAUUCCCUUUUCAAUGGCAAUUAAA